UCUCGAUAACCCCUGCGUUUUUUCGGCUUUUCUCGUCGAUCGAGAGAAAGAGGGCAGCGGAGGGAACAACAAUUCGGAUAUUGAAUCGGAAUCACGGCAAACGCCAUUAAUCACUCAUCCAAGGUCAAGCUUUUGAUAGGUUUGUUUGAAAGGAUUGGCAAAGAUUUAAGCUUGAUUGCGGGCACUGUUUAGAAUAAUGCAUUUUUUUCCAUUGUUGGAGUGAUCCUUUAGGGCAAAGAUAACCGCAAGAAUUUUGGUCUAUUUUGGUCUACUCUAACGUGUUGACCUUGAGAAAUGGGUGGUGUAUGUUUUAACUUCUAAGUGUUUGAAAGGAUUGGGAAAAGUUUAAUAUUGAUCCUAGGCACCAAGCUGGACUAAUGUGGUUACCACCAGUGGUGUUUGAUCUGUUAGGGCACUGGAUUUUGCAGCCAAAGAAGGAAUUUUGAUCUAUCACCUAUCUAUUUGUCAGUCCUGAUAUAUUGCGGCGCAGGUCCCUAAUGGAAGACAGAAUAAGUAGUCUUCCUAGCAAUAUCAUUGGGAUCAUUCUCAUGGAUCUUCCUUUAAAGGAUGCCGUUAGAUCAAGUAUUUUAUCUAGCAAAUGGAGAUAUGAGUGGAGCACCAUUCCGCAACUCGUAUUUGAUAGACAUAGUUUCCCAUUGCCUUCACGGCAUGCACUUGGUGAAAUUGUCGAUCAAGUUCUCUUUCUUCACUCUGGCCCUAUUGAGAAAUUCGCAUUUGAUGGGUAUACUUAUGAUGACAGCUUCACAAGAGUAGACAGAUGGCUAGUCUACCUAUCUAGAAAUGGUUUGAAGGAGUUGAUUCUCAACUUUUGUCCGACCCGGCUCUACCAGUUACCAACGACUCUUUUCAAUUGUCAAGCAUUGACCUUUUUAGAAUUACAAGAUUGUGAAUUUAUUCUUCCUUGCGUCUCCAAGGGCUUCAUCAACCUUGCAACUCUGGUUCUUAAAGAUAUUACCAUUUCUGAUGAAUAUUUUGAGAGUUUGAUAUCCAACUGCCCGCUUCUGAGGAAAUUGGUGUUUUCUGAUUUCUAUGGUUGUUCUCAUCUCAAGGUGAAUGCACCAAAUCUGAAAGAAUUGUUUGUGAAUGGGUUCUUUGAAGAUAUAGAUCCUAGAAAAUACACCAUCAUUAGGCUACUCUAUCUGUUGGCUUGGAGGAUGGCUGAUUCUGAUGAUUCAAUGGCGAUUGUUCCAGCUGAGAAAGCUUUUGCAGCAUGGAGAGCGGAUGCUUGA